AUGCGGGUAACGAGGAGGCGAGGUGAGAAGGUUGCUGGCCGGGGCACAGCGGCAACGGUGGGCGCUGGUUGGGGAGCAGCGGCGGCGGUGGUCGCCGACCAGGAAGCAGCGCUGGCGGUGGAGGAGAAGGAAAGGGUGGUGUUAUGUUUUCCACUCAGGUACUUGAAUUCGGAUGACUACGAAGGAGGGUUUGAGAGAGCCGAGAUUGACAAUGUACUCUCCGACAUCGAGUUCAAUUUCCACGCAUGGGCCGAGAACUUCAUCGUGCUUGUCAUUGGAGCAGAUGAUCCCAUCUCUGUUGACAAACUGGGAAGGAGCUUCAAGAGCAUGAGGUCGGAGAUCGCACUCGCCCUCGCGAAGACCAUCUUUUUGGGUGAUAUGAGGCAUACGCUAGACAAAGUCGAGGUUCCUUGCACCAUUAUUCAAGUCAGCAAUGAUUUCGUGGCACCCGUCUCUGUUGGGCGUUACAUGCAGAGCAGGAUAAAGGGGAUGGCAACGCUGGAGAUGAUCGACUCGGAUGGCCAUUUCCCUCAGCUCACUGUUCCCCACAAGCUUCUCGAGAUCCUGGACAGGGUCAUGGUGUCAAACAAACCAUGCAUGGUUGAAAACGUUCCGAGCUUUCACGCAUAGGAACAGAUCUUGCUGGA